AUUAUCAUUAAGAUUCCCCCUUCACUUCUCCCAACAUUUUCCUCAUUUUUCUCUCUCCAUUAUUCCAUAUUAGGAAGGUCCAUUUCAUUUUAUUCCCAUAUAUUCCUUAUAAACUUUAGCAACCACAUAUCUCCAUUUCUUAUUUCAUAUUACUACAUAGAGUUCAUUCAUUCUUUUGUUUAACAACACAAGAUGAAUUUCUCAAAGUUGUACACAAAAAUACUACUCAAACUAGUAUUAUUAAUGUUGUGUAGUGUUUAUGUCUUAGGUACCACGUUCACAUUUGUAAACAGAUGUGAUUAUACAGUUUGGCCAGGGCUACUAGCAGGAGCUAGUAGCCCUAAGCUAGAUAGCACAGGGUUCGAGCUCCAACAUGGUGGAACUCGAACCUUUCAGGCUCCAGCAGGUUGGUCAGGUCGGUUUUGGGGAAGGUCUGGUUGCACUUUUGAUAGUACAGGUCAAGGCUCAUGCAGUACAGGAGACUGCGGAUCAGGCACAAUAGAGUGCAAUGGUAGCGGUGCGACGCCACCAGCUACCUUAGCAGAGUUCACCCUUAAUGGUAGUGGUGGGCAAGAUUUCUACGACGUAAGCCUAGUAGAUGGGUACAAUCUCCCUAUGAUUGUGGAAUCAACUGGAGGGUCAGGUGGGUGUCAAUCCACUGGAUGCGUGGUAGACCUGAACUUGCGGUGCCCUAAUGAGCUGAAGGCGGAAGGUGGUGGUGCGUGUAGAAGUGCGUGUGAGGCUUUUGGUAGCCCGGAAUAUUGUUGUAGUGGGCAAUUUGCAACGCCAGAUACAUGUAAACCGUCGAUGUAUUCACAAACGUUUAAGAAUGCGUGUCCGAGAGCGUAUAGUUACGCAUAUGAUGAUGCAAGUAGUACCUUUACUUGCAGUGGUGGGGAUUAUACCAUCACCUUUUGUCCCUCUUCUCCAAGUCAAAAAUCGUCAACGGAUACUUCAACAAGCAACAUUGGAGGAACAACGGGGUCCGGGUCAGGAACAGGUACGAGUACGAGUACAGGAUCCUCAGAUACAGGUUCAGGUUCGGGUUCAGGGUCAUUGAUGUCAGAUGGGUCAUGGAUAGCCAAAUUAGCAUCUGGAGACUCUUCAAAUACAAGACAUCCUUCCUUCGGAUUACAAUUAGCAUUAUUGUUCAUUGUCAUUACCUCAUUGGCCACAUCUUUCAACUUGUAGUAGAGAUGAAGAAAGAAGAUCAUCUUUAUAUCAUUGGGAUGCCUUCAAAUGUUAUAAAGAAGCAUAUUCACGUGGAUGACAACUAAUCUAGUCACUAUACACCCUUUGACAGACGAUAACGAGUGUACAGACUUCGGCUCAAAUCUCGUCUACAUCACUACUAUAUUUUUACUUAAAAAGGACUGUCACGGGCAAUUUUUACAAUACGGCAUUCUCGAUACAAGAUAUUGGAUUAGAGCUAUGAAGAUUUUAGGUAAAGGAUGGAGAUGACACUAGAAUUCAGAAUUUAUGUUGUUUGAUGUAAAAUAUUUAGGCUUUGAUUGUACAAAAGUUUGCUUUUUUUUUUCUUCUUUUUAAUGUGAUUUGAGGAACUUAUAGUAGAUCCCAUUUUGCUGCCUAUUGAUUCGUCCUAGAUGAGAUGCUUUAGGGGUAAGAAAAGUGAGGAUGUUAAAAAGAUAAAAUAGAUCUAUUUUGAGAAAUGUACGAUUGCUCCCAUUCUUUGUAACCUAAAAAGUUUAAUGGAUCAAUAAUAGAAAAGGAAGAUAAUACUUUUCUCAA